AUGGUGGCCGCGCCGAAGCCCAAGAUCAACGUCGGCACGACGGCCGACCCCAUCGUCACACGCCUCGUCCAAGAGGAUAAGGUGCCGUGGUACAAGAAGCCAAAUCUUCGCCUCAUGUAUUUAUGGCUCUUUUGCUGUUGCAUGGGUGUCGAGAUGACCUCGGGCUUCGAUUCCCAGUUGAUUAACACGCUGCAAUUUUCUCCCAAUUUCCACACCUAUUUCGGGAACGGACGUGUUGACGACGACGACAAGCCUGCUAUCGAACCGGGUCUGCUGGGCUUCAUCAACUCUUGCUACCAGCUCGGCUCCAUUUUCGCGGUGCCCGUCGCUCCGUGGUUUGCACAGCGCUACGGUCGUCGGUGGUCCAUCAUGACCGGUUCCCUCAUCAUGGUUGUCGGUGCGAUUCUUCAGGGCUUCGCUCAGCACGUUGCCAUGUAUAUCAUCGCGCGCAUGCUCUUGGGCGUCGGUAUUCUCUUCUGCAUCAUCUCUGGUGCCGCUCUGAUCGGAGAGCUUGGCCACCCCAAGGAGCGAGCCGUUCUGACAUCACUCUUCAACUCGUCCUACUUCAUCGGCCAGAUUCUCGCCUCCGCCAUUGCCAUUGGCACCACUGAAAUUCCCAGCAACUGGGCCUGGCGCCUUCCUUCUCUCCUACAAAUCUGCCCCUCCCUACUCCAGAUUGCCACCGUCUUCUUGUUGCCCGAGUCUCCUCGUUACCUCAUUUCCCACGACAGGGACGACGAGGCCGCUGCUAUCCUAGUGAAGUACCAUGCCGAGGACGACGGAAACUCCCUCCUUGUCAAGGCCGAAAUCGCCCAGAUCCGCGAAACGAUCAAGACCGAGAUGGAAGUUUCCAAGCAAUCCUGGAUGGAACUCCUCAGCACCGCUGGUAUGCGCCGUCGCGUUCUGAUCACCAUCUUCAUCGGUCUCUUCACGCAGCUCUCCGGCAAUACGCUGCUCAGCUACUACUCGAAUAUCCUGUUCAACAUGAUGAACUACACCGAGCAGUCUCAGAAGACACGAAUCAACGUCGCCAACGCCUGCUGGGGUCUUAUCAAUGGCACUUUGCUUGCCCUCAUCAUCCCGCGAUUCAAGCGUAGGCAUAUGUACAUGCUUUCGGCGUCCACCAUGUUGCUCGUCUUUAUUGCCAUGACUGUCUCGCUUCAGAGGCUGGAAGUUGCUCGGGAUGCCGAUCGGAAGGAUACAGCCGCUGGUGUCUCAGCUCUGUUCUGGUACUUUGCCUACUCACCCUGCUACAAUAUGGGCAACAAUGCUCUCACGUACACUUACCUGGUCGAGCUCUGGCCUUAUGCCCAACGAAGCCGCGGUAUUGGCGUUCAGCAAAUUUUUGGCAAGCUCGCUGGUUUCUUCUCCACCAACGUCAACUCCAUCGCCCUCAGCGCAAUCGCCUGGAGAUACCUUGCCAUUUACUGUGGCUGGAUCUUCUUCGAGCUUUGCAUUGUCUUCUUCCUCUAUCCGGAGACCAGCGGUCGUACGCUGGAAGAGCUUGCUUUCCUCUUCGAGGACAAGGAGUACAACGACAGGCUGGCCGCAGCGGUCGAGAAGCACAUCCAAUACGAUUCGCCCAACGAUACUGCCGAUGGACAGCAGCCGAAGGAAAAGGAAAAGGAGUUGGUCUAG